AUGGCCCUCUUCCCCUCGCCCUCCUCUCUUAAGUCCUCCUUCUCUAAGCAAUUCUUCGUCUCUUCCUCUAUUGAGGAGAAGGCUGAAGCUGCCGUCCAGGCCGUCGAGGCCGAGGCCGUUAAGGUCGCCGCUGCCAUCAAGCCCAAGAAGACUAUCCCCCUUUACACUCUUGAAUACUACAAGUACUGCACUCUCGGUGGUAUCCUUGCUUGCGGUCCUACCCACGCUUUCGUCACCCCCCUUGAUCUUGUCAAGUGCCGCAGACAAGUCAACCCUAACCUUUACACUUCUAACGUCCAGGGCUGGAAGUCCAUCAUUGCCACUGAGGGUCUUGGUGGUAUCUUUACCGGUUUCGGUGCUACCUUUAUCGGUUACUCUUUCCAAGGUGCCGGUAAGUACGGUUUCUACGAGUACUUUAAGAAGACCUACGGUGAUCUCGUUGGCCCUGAAAAUGCUGAAAAGUACAAGACUCUGAUUUACCUUGCCGGUUCCGCCUCUGCUGAAUUCAUUGCUGAUAUCCUCCUCUGCCCUUGGGAAGCCAUUAAAGUCAAGACCCAGACUUCCAUUCCUCCCUUUGCCUCUGGUGUUUUCGAUGGUUACAAGAAGAUUACUGCUGCUGAAGGUUUCGGUUCCCUUUACAAGGGUCUUGUCCCUCUUUGGUUCCGUCAAAUUCCUUACACCAUGGUUAAGUUUGCUACCUUUGAGAAGACUGUUGAGGCUAUCUACAAGCAGCUCCCCAAGUCUAAGGAGGAGUACUCUCUUCUUGCCCAGACUGGUGUUUCCUUCCUCGGUGGUUACAUUGCUGGUGUCUUCUGCGCCAUUGUUUCUCACCCCGCUGAUGUCAUGGUUUCCAAGGUUAACGCUGAUAAGCUUCCCGGUGAGUCUACCGGUGCUGCCGUCUCCCGUAUCUACAGCAAGAUUGGCUUCGGUGGUCUCUGGAACGGUCUCCCUGUCCGUAUUGUCAUGAUUGGUACCCUUACUGGUCUCCAAUGGCUCCUUUACGACUCCUUCAAGGCCUACGUCGGUCUCCCUACCACCGGCUCCAAGGUCCCUGCUCCCGAGGAGCAGUAA